AUGUCAUCAACAAGACUCCCCACCACCCUCCUCCGCCGCCCUUCGGCCCUCCCCUCCACCACCACAUACACCGCCUACUCUGCCUCUCGCCCAACACCAUGCGUCCAACAACAAACCCGUAACGCGACCUUCGUCCCCCGCCACCGCCGCCCCUACCAAUUCACCCAGCUGGUGCAGCUCUCCGACGGCAGCACCUUCACUGUUCGCACGACGAUGCCCACGGCGCUUUACAAGUCCGCCAAGGACAGCCGCAACCAUCUGCUCUGGCAACCCAGCGACAAGUCGCUCAAGAACGUGGAGAUGGACGAGGCCGGCAAGCUGGCCGCCUUCCGCGAGAGAUACGGUCGCGGGUGGGACCUGGACGCCAAGAUGACGCCCGAGGAGGAGGCGGCCGCCGCGCUGGCUGCUGCUGCCGCGGCUGGCGAUGCCGGCGCCGUCAAGGCGGCCAAGAAGGCGGCUGCUGAUGCGGUGGCGGAGGCCAAGAAGAAGGCUCAGGAGGAGGAGGCCGCCGCUAAGGCUAAUGCUCAGGAGGAGGAGGCUGAUCCUUUCGACUCGUUGACGGAUCUGAUUAGUGGGUAUGCGACGGAGAACAUGAACCCGGGGUUGAAUGUCAAGGAUACCCGUCCUAGAAGGAAGUAA